CACUCGCAUGCUCAACCUGAGCUCUGAUUGAAAGGAGCAGAGCACACGAGAGCGCUCGCUAGCUGCUCUAUAGCGCUCAUUGCAUUUCAAUGUUGUACAUCUUUCAAUAAUGGAUAUAAAUCUAUUCAGGUGUUGUCGGAAUCUACUUCUGUAACAUCACGGUUCAAAAGGCCUGAGGAUUGAACAAAAAAAAGUACCUGUGUUUUAUUAUUGAAUUUAGAAAUGAUGGAGAAUGAAAAAUCAUACGGAAAACAUUAUGGAUCCCUUGAAUCAACUACGUGGAAGGCAGAUAAUGUAAAAGAAUGUGGAACAAUGGGACUGGACCAGAAUUGUUACAAAGCACAGGAUCAUGGAAAAAGUAUGCAGAGAAUAUCCAGAGAAUAAGGAUACAGAUAUUAUAUCAAUGGCUGAUUCAACCAUAACAGUGGAUGAUAUUGAAGAUGAACUUUUUAAAAUUGAAAGGAUAAGAGAUAUACUGGUCAGAAGAGAAUCUGAACUCCGGUACAUGAUGGAUGAUAUACAAUUGUGUAAGGAAAUAACACGACUUAAGAAAGAGCUGCAGAAACUAGUAUCAAUACCAGAUAAAGACAAAUCAAAUGAAGAUAAACAGAAGGAAGAAGAAUUAUUACAACAGAUCCACAAGCUGGUCGAAACGAGAGAUUUUCUUGUAGACGAUGUUGAAUUUGAAAGGCUGAGAGAAAGAGAGGAAGACAAAGAAAUGGCUGAUUUCCUGCAGGCAAAAUUAUCAAAGGCCAGCUCCAAAAAAACAAAUGCUAUAAAGGAAAGAAAAAUGACAUCGAGAGCACAGCAGACAUCGGCACCUUUUGUGGCAAAGACUGGGUUGACCCUGCUGAAGGAAUGUUGUGGAUUCACCUGCUCCAUCAUGUAAAAGUUCAAGAGUUUUAAGAAAACCCUAAAUAUUUUGGAUUUCUGCUGCGGUGUUCUCGAGAUAUAAAUAUUUCAGUGAUAGCUAAUUCUGCAACAGAUGAAUUAAAGUUGUUCAUAUAAAGCUACUUUCUACUCAAGUACAGCAAUGUAAUGUGUUUAUGGGAUUUGCAGUCAGUGACCUAGGGACAGGAGUACACUGUUCUGUCAUUCAAUUAGGUUAUGGCUGACCUUUAUCUCAACUCCCUUUUCUAUCUUUACUCCAUGAGGCUCAUAGCAAAUAAAAAUCCGUCAGUCUGUCCUGGAAAUUUCAGAUGACCCAGCAUCCUCAGAAUUUCAGAUGAAAAAGCUUCAAAAUUCUUUGCUGUUUGUGUGAAAUGAUCCUUUCUCAUUUCCUUCCUAAAAAUAUUGUUAAUAUUGGUGCCUCUUGUUUGUAUUCUUCCACCAGAGUAUUUACUCCAUCAUUUAACAUUGAAACAACUCAAUUAUAUCACUCUUAACCUUUUCAAAUCCAAGAGAUAAAAGCAACUCUAAUGCAAUCUGUCUUCAUAUUCUAACCCUUUAAAACCUGUCAGCAUUCUAGUCAAUCCCAUUUGUGCUAGGUGACCUCUCCUGUGAUAUGGGUUUGCAAAAUUAAAUGCUGUACUACAGGUGACGAUGACUCCAACAGAAACUUAAUUUGUUCCAUUUCUUAUUUCAAUCUCUUAUGGAGAAACAUAAACAUUCCUUUCACCUUUAUGAUGUUUCUUUAUGUGUGCAGAUUAACCCUUAGUGAAUUGCCUACAUAGGGACCAAAUCCCAUUGAUUCUUCAUAGUUCCUAACCUAUUUCCCAGUAUUAAAUCUGUCGGUCACAAUUUCCCCACACACUUGAUUUACUUAUGUCUCUUUGAAACUUGCUGCUCCCAUCUACACAGCUUGCUGUGUUUCUGUGCUCUCCAAAUUUAAAUAUAGAAUUUUCUAAUUUGAUGUAUCAGCUGAAAAGCUAAGGCUCCAAUACAGAUACCUGGUGAGGACCACUUGUGCCAUCCGGUCAAUCAAAGUAUAGUUUAUUUAUCUUUGCUGCAUGAUUCCUAUCUUCUAACCAAUUAAUAACCUAAGAAGAGGUUACUAAGAGGUCACCCUCAGAAGGAGGAUGGGGGCAGUACCUAGUAUAGUUACAGUCACAAUUUGUAAAUUGCUGGGAGAGGAUUUACCAGUGGCCUCUGUCUUCCCUGUGGGCUACAAUCACCUAGCUACUUAGGCUUUGCAUUUUGUUGAAACCUAUAAUGAAUUUCUUCUUCGGUGUUUUUCAGACCCCUCUAAGUGCCCUUCUGUUCUUCAGGUACUGUAGGCUUGCAGCAUUUCUAAUAACAUACAACCUAGGAAAAUGUAGCAUGAUUACAGCUGGGUCCAAGUGACAUAAAGAACUACCACUUUGUUGUCACCAUUCCAGCAGAUGAAAAUCCAAACUUUUUAGACAUUGGUUGUAACUGGUAUUACUUACCCUGGUGUGGUGGUCUUUAUACCCUGGGUCAAAUCAAGUUCUAUAAAUACCAUUCACAAGUUGUGUACACGCAGUAUUUGUCCCUGCUUUGCACAAACAGCAUCUUGUGUUUGCACAUGAUUUUGAUGAACCUCACUGGUGUGUGUAAAAGAAGUUUGUAAUUACAAUUGAUCUCUGAUGUUUUUCUAUACACCUCACAUGGACAUUCUUAACUAACUUUAAAUAGAUUAAUUGUAUUAACAUAAUAGGUAACCAGAGGGUCAACACUGUGAGUAGUGAAUACAUACCUACAAAAUAUCUCUGCUUAUUUUCCGUGUAAGAUUCACUUAGGAAUGUUUGUGUUAAUUCAGAUAGCAGUAACAGAGCAAACUGAAAGCUACACAGCAAAGAGAUCACAAUGCAGCGUUUAAAGACUAUGUCAUCUCUAAUUCCAUAUUUAUUGCAUUUUAGUACAUCUGUUUCAAUUGUAUUGCUCAAUAAAGUGCACCUAGAAGUAAUGAAGACUUAAAAAACAUCUGCAACCCUAACUACUGCCCAUGGAUCAGUGUUUGCUGCUAACUUAUAGAGGUAGUGUGUCCUUUAAUUAGAAUCUAACCUCUGCUUUAUCAGGCAGAACAUUCCAAAUCCAAAAUACUCAUUGCAACUUUAAAGCAUCUUGUGGAUUUAGGGUUGUUAAAUAAUUCUUUCACUGUGGGCACAGCAGAAAGAUAUUGACCCAAUGAGAGUGUGCUGGUUGUUUUGGAGACUAAUUUAGUUACGCCAACUGCUCACACCUCAAAAGUGUGAUCUCUGAGCAGGAGUUCAUAACCAACUCUGAAAUGAAUGUUGGUAAUUCUGUUGAUGUAUCAUCUUUGCAAAUAAUGGUUAUUCGAUAUAUUCUAAGGGAAUGACCUCUUUUCCUUAAGUAUUAAAGCCAGUGUUUGAUGGGUUAUUAGUUUAAUUUGAUACGCCAGAUUAUUGUGCGGUACCAUAUUUCAUUGCAAAUAUUCAACACCCUGCACCCUCUCCCAAUCCUUAAUCCUGAAUAUUUUGUGUGAUAUGUAAUCAGGUAAAUUACUUUGUGUUAAAUAUGAGGGACAGGUGGAGAAUAGACUUGUAACACACUCGAUGAAAUUACCAUCAGACUUCAAAAUUAAAACAAAUAAUUUCUAUUACAGGAUAAUAAAAUGUGAG